CAAGUAUGCUUAUCUGGUCUAUAACUGUUGUUGUGCAGUGAGUGUUAGUUCUUGUAUUGGUAUUUGUUGUACUUAUCCAGUUUCAGCUUGAUGAAGAAGAUGUCAUCCUAUGAGUGCGGCCCGCAGAAUCCAUAACUGAUUGGAAAAAUAACUUGCAUCAUCUUUUUAUCGUCCGAUACAUAGACACACCAGCUCUUGGCCGAGUCUUGAUAUUGAAUGGGUGCUCCUACUACUUGGAAGUUUCCGAUCGGCAUAGGCGUUUCUUACUUGCAACAAGUAGAUGACAUAGUUCGUCAAUCAUUCUAGUUACACUAGUACAGCCUUAUAAAUCCACGACUCCGAACUCGAACAAGAUCUUCAUCCAACAAACAACAACAUGGUACAGCGGAUAAAGGCCGAGGCUGCUACGAGCAGCGCCAAAGGAGCCGCCUCGGGUGCAGCUGCUGCUGGACAGGCAAACGUGAAGAUUAGCGUGAAACCAUUUCACGGCGAAACGAUAGAAAGUGAGCACACCUUCAACGUGCGGAAGGGAACGCCAUUUAGCAAGGUGAAGAUGGGAGAUAAAGACAAUUUUAAAUACGUCUUGGGACAACAGGUGUUUGAGCCUGAAAGUUCAGAUUGGUUUUACAAUGCGAAGACUAUCGAAUGCAGCGAACACUACGGCUACGAUGUGGACAUGUUCCAUACUGGUACUUGACGAGUAAGUAUCUAUUACUAAACUAGUUCUUAACUAGUCGCCGUCUAGUCCUUUCAUCAUCACUAAUACUUGCUUUCGCGUUGAAUUAACCACCACUGACUCUUGUACUUGUGAAGUACCUCCCUAGACGCCGUCUCAUUCAUAAUCCACCCUCGUGCCUCGAUUACAGUAUUAACGAACUAUCUAUGUAUUUAUUAAUGUUUUCUUGUUGCGACAUUGAUUUUUGUUGAUGUCCUCGGAGUAGAAGUAGUGAUGGAUGUAUUCCUUCUGAUGGGCGAGUCAGUUCUUACCCCUAGAUUGAUAGCUCCCCAACUUCACCGGGACCGACUGGGAUACUAUAAAUAUAAAUCAUCAGAAUUCAAUCACUGUAACAUGAAAAAGCUCUACGUGCUCAGUUGUAAUAAACAGAAUACCUCUCUUUGGUGGCUACUUUUCUCUACAGUCUGCAUUUGUAAGAACAAUGCUGAGGGAUACAGAUACUGAAGUCAAAUAGAUCGUGCAAGUGAAAUUACAACUACCACUACCUGUCCACUUACCCACGCCAGGUACCGGAACCGAACAUUGGGCACAAUUGGGUUUCGGGUGCCUCUUUUUGGUGCAUCUAGCGCUCAUCUUGUUCGUAAACAGCUGGUGGGGCCGAUCCAAGGGUUGGUAUAGACGACAGGACAGCCAGGGCUUCCGCAGCACGACCAAUAGCGCAGCGGGCAGCGGCAACGAACGCAGCGGCAAUCGGGAUGUUGAGGGUAAUGCAGAGGCAAUCGGUGAUCAGGCAGCUGGGACGGAUGAAGAUGGCAAUAGCGGCCUCCGCAACCGUUCAUCACCAGGAGCUGGCUCGUCGACCGAUGCACUGGAAAGUGGAACCCUCAAAGCAGCCAGCAAAACCAACAAGAUGCUGAUCUCGCUACGGAAGAAAGUGGAGACGCGACAACACGAGUUAGACUUUUUCCGAUUGGUCUGCGUGUGUGCAACCGCCACGAUGCAUACAGCGGGAGAACGAUUCUCCGACAACAACACCGGAUUGUGCCUUCACUGGGUCAUGCCCUUUCUAUUUUUAUGAAGAAAAUUAUCUCGAAAUUAACAAACAUGCUGCUACUUGUGGUUUUGCUUGUUGUGGUUGUAGCUACAUUAAUUAUACAUUAUCCUACACAUGAAAAGGAUGACCAUGCACAACACAGAAUAAAUGCCUCGAUAUGCACUAAAUAAAUAAGCAAGCAAUCAAUAUCAAAUGAAGAAAUUAAUAGAAACAAGUACAAUUGAUUUUUACAUUUAUACCUAUAGCUUCACCUGGGUAGAGUCUGAGUCUGUCUCUAAUCCACAUCAUCUCUGGUCUGGGCUUCAGUCGGAUGCGCAUGCCUGCAGGCGGGGGACCAAAGUUGGGAAUCUACAUAGCAAAGCUGUGCAUUAUCAGUCUAAUUGGGAUGGGCCUAAACAUGGCAGGGCUCAUGAUCGAGUACAACAACCUCAAAGGCGACCCUGAUAGAUGCGUGACACUCGCAUCUAUCGGACAGAUGUGGUACGUGCUGUGCCUCCUCAUAAUCUCGCUUCUCUUCUGGCCGGUGAAGGGCAUGCUUGAUAGAGUAUUCUGUAUUUAUUAUGUUUUUCAUUUUCUAGAUUCACUCUAUUUAUUCUAUUCAUCGCAAUGCACUUCCAUCGUAGAAAAAAAUAUUCAAUGUUUAUUAUUAUUUUUCGCCUGUGUUGUAGUAAGUAGAAUUUAUUCUUUUGAUUUCCCGGAUGAUGUAGCUUCUUACGCGAAGGCAUGGUAAUGACACGUAGAACGAAGACAAACUACUCCAUUGAUCUGCAGCAGCGUUGUUCGUCUUGGUCUUCGCCUGAUAGUACCUUCGUCGAGCUUGAAUGUAUUUUAUCAUUCGACAUACAUCGUGGAAGUAGACUAAGAUAAAGAUAUUUUCGUUUUCACUACUUCUCCCUCUAGCAAAUCCACCUGAAGAUCGUUUUGCUCUUACCGCUUCCAUCCAGGUCAACAUGGCAAACCGUGGUCGUGCGGGCCGCGCAGCAAAUGCUGACGCUGCAGAGAAGGAUGAAGUUCUUAGUUCCUCGUCCGCGGGUGAGCUCUCAGAUUCAGCACUGAUUGAACAGCGGCGCCCGAUGUACAAGAACCCAAAUAAGGUUGUGUCCGCAGUAUGCUUCACAGUUUUUCUUUGCCUAACUGUAGCAGGGUGCGUGGUGGCAUUCUUUUUCAUAAAGCCAGACAACAAGUUGAAGGAAAAUAUACGCCAGUUCACUUUCCUCGUCGCAGAACAAAUGGGUACUAACUUACACCUAGUUAAUAUUUACAGCUACUACAUCUACAUCAACUCGUACUCGAAGAACUAACUUUCGUCACAGAAUAGAUUUCCGCCAGUGAGUCUGUGCUUGUCAUAGUCGUCCUCAUCGACAUCUUCCAAAAAACCAAAUGUAAAUCUAAAUUUGUCCACGAUCAUCAUCAUCAUCAUCAUCAUCAACACCAGCAACGUUGAGCUUGAUUUGCGCUGGCCUUAUGGUAGGCGACCGCGGUUAUCUGACCUGGAUCGUCGGAUCAUGGGUGUUUCUAGCGCCCGCCAUAUUUCCUUGGAAGUUGCAGUUCUUCUCGCAGUUAGCAGGCAUUUUCCUGUGGGCGGCAACAGUCGAAAAACGACCCCUCUACGGCAACGAGAAACUCAAGCUCUUCUUCUGGAACUAUUGGCCAUUCAUGGUAGAGCAACUAAACCUCAUUUAGUGAGUUAGCAGCUCCUCAAGAUUUUUUUUUUGUAGGUCGUGAAUCUGCUUGUUGUAUAAAAACCAGAAAAAUAUGUAUUUCAAAUACCAAAUAGAAAUACCAAAACCAAAUGAACAUUACCAAAUCCAAAUUAUACAGAUAUAUUGGUUUUGAUGAAUGAUCACGGUCGCAUAAAAAUCUUGACAUAGAUGCAGAUGGAUACGAAGCUAGUUACACUCGUAAAAAACUGGACAAUCCAGGUUUUGUUAGUAUUGGGCCUCACGUAUCCGGACCAGCGUGGGCGUUGUGACCUGUAUCCUGCUGGCUUUGUGGGGGAGCGAGUGCGCUUCAACCUUUGCACGGCCAUCUUUUGCGCCUUUCUCGUUAGCGGCGCUCUGCAUUGCGCCGAUCCGUUCAACGCAGGGCGCUGGGUAUGGUGGUGGACGGUUUCCGCCUAUGUCAGUAUGCAGUUCUGGGGGAAUGUUUUCGCGAAAAUCGGUCCUGGAAAAUUUUUUGGAGCAGUGUUUUUGUACUUGACGCUUAUCCCAGUCAUUAUUGCGUGCCACUGGAUCCCACGGAAGGCAACCACAUCUACACAAACGGGCGCGGACAAGGUAGGAAUUGAAGGCGACUCGGGAGGCUCGGCCGAAUAUUAAUAAACACCCUAUGUAUACAUAGCAAGCUGAUAGCUUUAUGUGUUGUUUGAAGAAGAAGAAGAUUGGUAGUUUAGAGCAGAGACGAGACUCGGUCUCGGGCGAAGAAGACCAGAAAACCCGCGACGACCACCCCGUUGUCGUUGUUCUGAUGGACAUAGAGAAAGAGCCUGCUCUAGAAGAGGUGAAGAAAGAUCAUAGUGAAUCUGAGAAGAAGUAUGAGAAUAUCUGAGUCUCUUCUGCUUUGAAUAAAUCUUUCAGUCCUAUAUUGUCUUGUAGAAUUUGAUUAGGAGUCUACUCUGUCUUCAUCAUGAUAAUCGCCGCGCAACUGCAUGUGCAUCCAUACCUUCUAGGUAAGUGAAAAGCGGAAAGGAGUCUUCAUCUACAAACAAAGCAAGGAGAUAGUACUUCGAAGAACCGCACCAGGGAACAAAGUGCAGACAACCACGACAGUCCAUAGCAUACGGGACGUUCGAUGUAUCAACCGUCCAGGCCACUGAUGUGUCAAAAGCAUUCAUGUACAUUAACAUAUACAUAGAUAUAUAAUUAUUGGGCUGUAAUUUCCUACUUUAGCUGCUCGGAGCAAGUGUAGCGAAGGAACCACGUUCAUGAAAGGCGCACGACAUGCUUGCCCUCGGACACUAGAGGAUAG